UGUCACCGGUAGUAGUAGUCGGGUUUAUUGCGCUGGCGCUGAGCGAAUUAUUCUAUGUUUUAAAGAGCUUAAUCAGUCGGUUGGUUGUCUCUGCACACGCAGCCCGUACGUAGGUGUCGAAUAUUCCCACUCAUGGAUGCAGUCUCUCGCGGUGCUCUCGGGUUGUGACCGUAGAUUGAAAAGACCUUCGUGCGACAGUCACCGUUCGCGAUGAUAUUUAAUUGAAUGAAUUUCGAAAACUCCGCUUAGUUACGUCGAACUCGUGGAACAGUGAACAAGUGAUCUCUCUCCGGACUUACCGUGGCGGCUCGCGCAGCCUACUAAGAAGAUAUAAGGAAAAAGUGAUACAUACAUUUCUGGUGUUUUUUUGUGUGUGUGUGCGCAGCGGAUUACCUCAUUGCGAUCUGAGAAGUUGUGGGUGAAAAGGCAGUAAAAGUGGAAACGAAGAAUUUUCUGAAUAGAUAUUAGCAAGUGCCUACUAGAUGCGAGUUCAUGGCAUGUGAUUCAAAGUGUUGAGCUUUUAUCAAUCUAGUGAAGGAAGCUAAAAAACAAGUGGAAAUUCAUUUAUUGUAUCCGCUGUGCGUGUGAAAGUAGUCAUCAUGGGGAUAAAAAAGCGAGAUGAACGAGAUAAGCUGAAAAGUCAGAGUCUGAUUGACUCGGAAAAAUCGUCUCGUUCUGUCGCUGGAGGAACGGGACAAAGUGUGGCUGGAAUAGCUGGUACGAAUGUGACUACGGAUGUUCAACAGCAAGGUUCUUCCUCGAUGUACACUACUAGCAGUAGUAGUAGUAGUAGCAAUAAAAUGCAAGCAGCUAGCUCCAGUUCAACGAGUAAAAGUGUGAUUGAACAAGUGGUCAGUGGUGCACAUGACAAGUCACAAAAAAUGAAUGAAACCAAGUCUACUAGUGACACCAGUGCGAAAGACUCGCAGCAGUCGGGUCAAAUGUUUAGUGAAUCGAACCAGGCUGCUAAGAUUGGUUCGAAGCAAAUUGAAAACAUAAUACAAGAAAUCAAGUAUAUUGCCAGUGAUACGGUUGACUCCACAAAACGUAUUUCAUCCGUUAAAAAAAUCAGUGAUAGUUCGAAAAGCGACAAGGAACUGCGCGAAGCCUUGACCAACUUUGAUGAGGUUGCAAAAGCGACAAUAUCAGACAUUCAAGGAUCCACAAUAAGCCAAACCGGUGAAAACGUGAGUGCAUCAAGUGUUCAAAACAGCAUGUCCAGUAGCAAAAUGGUGCAAACCAGCAAUGUCAGUUCCACACUAAACAGUAGUAGUGCCAUAAAGAAUCAUCAGUCGUCGAUGAGUAGUGCAAACAUGAUAAGUGAUCACAGUUCUUCUAGUGCUCAGAAACAUUCAAGCAAUGUUGUAAAAUCAAGUAACGUUGUAUCAUCGUCAUCAUCAUCAAAGAUGCAAUCAUCGUCUACUUCGAAAUCGACGGUCGGCUCUACAACAUUCCUUUCGGACAGUUCCGAUAUAAAAAUGUUGAAGUCUGAUGCCAAUCUAAAAGACACAAAACUGACAACGGGAGGUCAGUUGCGAGACGGACGAAAUCAUUCCAUUCGACAGCAGUCCAGUACCUUCCAUACCGAUGGUGAUGGAGGAAAGCACUAUUCCGACAGUCAAAGCUACUCUAUGGCGGAGAAAAAUGCUCCAACAACAGAGGUAACGUACGACUCUGCCGGAAAUAAAAUAACCAGUACAAAAUCCUCGUCAAACUCCGCCCAAGGAUUCACCACAUCAACAUUCCAAUCCAGUGGAGAUACGUAUGUUGGAUCUUCUGGAGAAAACAUGAUUCAAAGCAGUUCGACAGCUCAUGAUGCGAAUCAUGUAGUGUCUAGCUCGUCGGCAUAUACGUCUUCUUCAGCCGAUCAGAAGACUUCUUCAAGUACCAUCAAGACAUCCAGCACACAAAGCGACAGGAAUACGAAGGGUACUGUAAUCGACUCUACCUCUUUGGAGAACUACAAGAUUCAAGACGCCACUCAACAAGCCGCCAACAUGCUGACUAAAGACGUUUCAGCACAUACCAUCACUAGUCUGUCGUCACUGCAUGACUCCUUAGGGAACACGAUUCAAAGUACACAUCUUAUUACCGAAUCUGGACAGGACGUGUCAUCGCAGCAGAAGCAACAGACCGAGUCGAUGAAAACGUACGAAAAUUCUUCCCAUUUCGAGCAAAUGGAUGAGAGAAGUAGCUCCCGUAAGAAGGUUACCGAUUUCUACGAGCAGCGUGAGUCUAACGCUUCAAUCCUGACACGCAAAACUUAUGACGAAAAGGAUAAACGCCUCAGUCUGAUCGAUCAGACAAUUGUUCCCAAGGACGUGAUUAUACAGGGCAUUGAGGAUGACGUAACGAAUGUCACGAGAACAUCUUUCGAAGCGAAACUGUUUAAUCCGAAAUCGAAACGUUGGGAACUGGUGGACCAGAAAACCAUUCUUGAAAAGGACAUUACCGUUUCCAUUCCGGAGGAAAUCGUUCACGAACUGGAGGUGGAACGCCCCGACUUGGCAAACAUUACCACGACGAUCCAACUGACAAAGGUCUACGAUGGAAAAACUAAGCAAUGGAAAACGGUAGACCAGAAAAAGCACACAGAUGUGCUAGAAAGAAUCAGUUACCUUGAAGAAAGCAGUGGUCGCACGGAGUUGAACGAAUCAGAGAGGGUAAAAAACCUACAGUCUAUUGACACAGUUGACAAAGUAACCAUCAAAGAUAGAAAUGAGCUUAACAAAUUCAAACAGCAAACCGACAAAGUUUCCAAGGAGCAAUGCAUCUGUGAGAUCUGCACCUGUGGUCGUCAUAAUUGCUACAACUGUGGUAGUGGAACUACCCAACAGACAUCAUCGUCGAAGUUUGCCUCAGCUGUCAGUACCACAGAAAAUUUCUAUCAGCAAGAAUCCUCUCAAGUAAACGAAGAAAGUACCUUUGUUCGCAGACGAACCUGGACAAAAGAAGAUGCAGAAAACUACCGAAAUCGUGUAGAGGCAUCAACCAUCGAACGAAGCAGUACCGAGCAAAACGUGUCCAAUCGUAGGCUUACAUGGACAAAGGAAGAUUUCGAAAAUGUCGACAUUACUAAAAUAAAAGAAUCGACGUAUGUAACUGAAAGACAGAAGCCGAUCCGCCAUGAAGAUAACCUUCGACCGGAAGGUGAUUUUGUGCGACCAGAAAAGACGCCUUUCCAACCUGCCGAACGGCCGAAGCAGAUACGACCAGAAGAUAACCUUAGGCCCGAAGGAUCUUUUAACACUCCAGAAAAGUCAAAAUAUCAACCAGGUGAACGUCAAAAACCUAUACGGCAUGAUGAUAAUCUUCGUCCCGAAGGUGACUUUGAGCGUCCGGAAAAGACAUCAUUUCAGCCAGGUGAUCGUCCGAAACAAAUACGCCCACAAGACAAUCUGCGACCAGAAGGAUCUUUUGAAACACCCGACAAGCCAAAAUAUCAGCCCGGUGAUAGACGGAAACCAAUACGCCAUGAUGAUAAUUUACGUCCAGAGGGUGACUUCGAGCGUCCUGAGACGACUCCAUUCCUAGCUGCUGAACGUCCCAAGCAGAUACGUCCAGAGGACAAUCUAAGAUCAGAAGGUUCAUUUGAAUCACCUGAUAAGCCUCGUUACCAACCAGGUGAGAGGCAGCAGCCAAUCCGUCAUGAUGAUAAUCUGCGUCCAGAAGGUGAUUUUGAGCGCCCUGAGAAGAUACCAUUCAGACCUGCUGAGCGUCCUAAGCAGAUUCGCCCAGAAGACAAUUUAAGACCUGAAGGAUCGUUCGAAUCACCCGAUAAGCCCCGGUACCAACCAGUUGAGAGACAAAAACCAAUACGCCAUGAUGAUAACUUACGUCCAGAAGGAGACUUUGAACGUCCAGAAAAGACUCCAUUCCGACCAGCUGAGCGUCCGAAACAGAUUCGUCCUGAGGAUAAUCUAAAACCUGAAGGACUGUUUGAGUCUCCUGAGAAAUCGAAAUAUCAACCAGGUGAGAGACAGAAGCCAAUCCGUCAUGAUGAUAAUCUGCGCCCAGAAGGUGAUUUCGAACGUCCUGAAAAGAUUCCAUUCCGACCAGCUGAACGUCCUAAGCAGAUUCGCCCCGAGGAUAACCUGAGACCAGAAGGAUUGUUUGAAUCACCCGAUAAGCCCCAAUAUCAACCAGGUGAGAGACAAAAGCCGAUUCGCCAUGAAGAUAAUUUGCGCCCAGAAGGUGACUUCGAGCGCCCUGAGAAGGCUCCAUUCCGACCAGCUGAGCGUCGAAAACAGGUUCGUCCAGAAGAUAAUCUGAGGCCAGAGGGAUCGUUUGAGUCUCCUGAGAAGCCAACAUAUCAACAAGGUGAGAGGCAAAAGCCGAUUCGCCAUGACGAUAAUCUACGCCCAGAAGGUGACUUCGAGCGCCCUGAAAAAAUGCCGUUCCGACCAGCUGAACGUCCAAAACAGAUUCGCCCAGAGGACAAUCUUCGACCCGAAGGAGAUUUUCAACGACCUCAAGCGGUUGUCGUCCGUUAUGGUGAGCGAUCACAAAUCAUCAGGCAUGAAGACAACUUAUUCCUUGAGGGAUCGUUCGAAAGAACGGAGAAAAACGUGUAUGUGGCUGGCGAACGAUCCAAGCUCAUUAAACAUGAUGACAACUUGCGCCCAGAAGGUGAAUUUGAACGUCCUGAAAAGGCGCCAUUCCGACCAGCUGAUCGUCCGAAGCAGAUUCGCCCUGAGGAUAACCUGAAACCUGAAGGAUCGUUUGAAUCUCCUGAUAAACCGAGAUAUCAACCAGGUGAGAGUCGAAAGCCGAUACGUCAUGACGAUAACUUGCGCCCAGAAGGUGACUUUGAACGUCCUGAAAAGACUCCAUUCCGACCAGCUGAACGUCCAAAACAGAUUCGUCCAGAGGAUAACCUGAGACCUGAAGGAUCGUUUGAAUCUCCUGAUAAGCCUCGGUAUCAACCAGGUGAGAGUCGGAAACCAAUCCGUCAUGAUGAUAACUUGCGCCCAGAAGGUGACUUCGAACGUCCUGAAAAGAUUCCAUUCCGACCAGCUGAACGUCCUAAGCAAAUUCGCCCCGAGGAUAACCUGAGACCUGAAGGAUCGUUUGAAUCUCCUGAUAAACCGAGAUAUCAACCAGGUGAGAGUCGAAAGCCGAUACGUCAUGAUGAUAACCUACGCCCAGAAGGUGACUUCGAACGUCCUGAGAAGACUCCUUUCCAACCAGCUGAACGUCCGAAACAGAUUCGUCCCGAGGAUAACCUGAAACCAGAAGGAUCGUUUGAGUCUCCUGAUAAGCCUCGGUAUCAACCAGGUGAGAGUCGGAAACCAAUACGUCAUGAUGAUAACUUGCGCCCAGAGGGUGAAUUCGAACGUCCUGAAAAGAUUCCAUUCCGACCAGCUGAACGUCCACAGCAGAUUCGCCCCGAGGAUAACCUGAGACCUGAAGGAUCAUUUGAAUCUCCUGAUAAACCGAAGUAUCAACCAGGUGAGAGUCGGAAGCCGAUACGUCAUGAUGAUAAUCUGCGCCCAGAAGGUGAAUUCGAACGUCCCGAAAAGACUCCAUUCCGAUCAGCUGAACGUCCGAAACAGAUUCGCCCUGAGGAUAACCUGAGACCUGAAGGAUCGUUUGAAUCUCCUGAUAAACCCAGGUAUCAACCAGGUGAGAGUCGAAAACCAAUCCGUCAUGAUGAUAACUUGCGCCCAGAAGGUGAAUUCGAACGUCCUGAAAAGACGCCAUUCCGACCAGCUGAACGUCCGAAACAGAUUCGCCCCGAGGAUAACCUGAGACCAGAAGGAUCAUUUGAAUCUCCUGAUAAACCGAAGUAUCAACCAGGUGAGAGUCGGAAGCCGAUACGUCAUGAUGAUAAUCUGCGCCCAGAAGGUGAAUUCGAACGUCCUGAAAAGACUCCAUUCCGACCAGCUGAACGUCCGAAACAGAUUCGCCCUGAGGAUAACCUGAAACCUGAAGGAUCGUUUGAAUCUCCUGAUAAGCCUCGGUAUCAACCAGGUGAGAGUCGAAAACCAAUACGUCAUGACGAUAACUUGCGCCCAGAAGGUGAAUUCGAACGUCCUGAAAAGACUCCAUUCCGACCAGCUGAACGUCCACAGCAGAUUCGCCCCGAGGAUAAUCUGAGACCUGAAGGAUCGUUUGAAUCUCCUGAUAAACCGAAGUAUCAACCAGGUGAGAGUCGAAAGCCAAUCCGUCAUGAUGAUAACUUGCGCCCAGAAGGUGAAUUCGAACGUCCUGAAAAGACGCCAUUCCGACCAGCUGAACGUCCGAAACAGAUUCGCCCCGAGGAUAACCUGAGACCAGAAGGAUCAUUUGAAUCUCCUGAUAAACCGAAGUAUCAACCAGGUGAGAGUCGGAAGCCAAUCCGUCAUGAUGAUAAUCUGCGCCCAGAAGGUGAAUUUGAACGUCCUGAAAAGACGCCAUUCCGACCAGCUGAACGUCCGAAACAGAUUCGCCCUGAGGAUAACCUGAGACCAGAAGGAUCGUUUGAAUCUCCUGAUAAACCGAAGUAUCAACCAGCUGAGAGUCGGAAGCCGAUACGUCAUGAUGAUAAUCUACGCCCAGAAGGUGAAUUCGAACGUCCUGAAAAGACUCCAUUCCGACCAGCUGAACGUCCGAAGCAGAUUCGUCCCGAGGAUAACCUGAGACCUGAAGGAUCGUUUGAAUCUCCCGAUAAACCGAAGUAUCAACCAGGUGAGAGUCGGAAGCCGAUUCGUCAUGAUGAUAAUUUACGCCCAGAAGGUGAAUUCGAACGUCCUGAAAAGACUCCAUUCCGACCAGCUGAACGUCCAAAACAGAUUCGUCCUGAGGAUAACCUGAGACCAGAAGGAUCGUUUGAAUCUCCUGAUAAGCCGAAGUAUCAACCAGGAGAGAGUCGAAAACCAAUCCGUCAUGAUGAUAACUUGCGCCCAGAAGGUGAAUUUGAACGUCCUGAAAAGACUCCAUUUCGACCAGCUGAUCGUCCGAAACAGAUUCGUCCUGAGGAUAACCUGAGACCAGAAGGAUUGUUUGAAUCUCCUGAUAAACCGAAGUAUCAACCAGCUGAGAGUCGGAAGCCAAUCCGUCAUGAUGAUAAUCUGCGCCCAGAAGGUGAAUUUGAACGUCCUGAAAAGACGCCAUUCCGACCAGCUGAACGUCCGAAACAGAUUCGUCCUGAGGAUAAUCUAAGACCUGAAGGAUCGUUUGAAUCUCCUGAUAAACCGAAGUAUCAACCAGCUGAGAGUCGGAAGCCGAUACGUCAUGAUGAUAAUCUACGCCCAGAAGGUGAAUUCGAACGUCCUGAAAAGACUCCAUUCCGACCAGCUGAACGUCCGAAACAGAUUCGCCCCGAGGAUAAUCUUAGGCCUGAAGGAUCGUUUGAAUCUCCUGACAAACCGAGGUAUCAACCAGGUGAGAGUCGAAAACCAAUACGUCAUGACGAUAACUUGCGCCCAGAAGGUGAAUUUGAACGUCCUGAAAAGACUCCAUUCCGACCAGCUGAACGUCCACAGCAGAUUCGCCCCGAGGAUAAUCUGAGACCAGAAGGAUCGUUUGAAGCUCCUGAUAAACCGAAGUAUCAACCAGGUGAGAGUCGAAAACCAAUCCGUCAUGAUGAUAACUUGCGCCCAGAAGGUGAAUUUGAACGUCCUGAAAAGACUCCAUUCCGACCAGCUGAACGUCCGAAACAGAUUCGUCCUGAGGACAAUCUAAGACCUGAAGGAUCGUUUGAAUCUCCUGAUAAACCGAAGUAUCAACCAGGUGAGAGUCGAAAACCAAUCCGUCAUGAUGAUAACUUGCGCCCAGAAGGUGAAUUUGAACGUCCUGAAAAGACUCCAUUCCGACCAGCUGAACGUCCGAAACAGAUUCGUCCUGAGGACAAUCUAAGACCUGAAGGAUCGUUUGAAUCUCCUGAUAAACCGAAGUAUCAACCAGGUGAGAGUCGAAAGCCAAUCCGUCAUGAUGAUAAUCUGCGCCCAGAAGGUGAAUUUGAACGUCCUGAAAAGACGCCAUUCCGACCAGCUGAACGUCCGAAACAGAUUCGUCCUGAGGAUAAUCUAAAACCUGAAGGAUCGUUUGAAUCUCCUGAUAAACCGAAGUAUCAACCAGCUGAGGGUCGGAAGCCAAUCCGUCAUGAUGAUAAUCUGCGCCCAGAAGGUGAAUUCGAACGUCCUGAAAAGACGCCAUUCCGACCAGCUGAACGUCCGAAACAGAUUCGUCCUGAGGAUAACCUGAGACCAGAAGGAUCGUUUGAAUCUCCUGAUAAACCGAAGUAUCAACCAGGUGAGAGUCGAAAACCAAUCCGUCAUGAUGAUAACUUGCGCCCAGAAGGUGAAUUCGAACGUCCUGAAAAGACUCCAUUCCGACCAGCUGAACGUCCGAAACAGAUUCGUCCUGAGGAUAACUUGAGACCAGAAGGAUCGUUUGAAUCGCCUGAUAAACCGAAGUAUCAACCAGGUGAGAGUCGAAAGCCAAUUCGUCAUGACGAUAACUUGCGUCCAGAAGGCGAUUUCGAACGUCCUGAAAAGACGCCAUUCCGACCAGCUGAACGUCCGAAGCAGAUUCGCCCUGAGGAUAAUUUAAAACCUGAAGGAUCGUUUGAAUCUCUUGAUAAGCCGAAGUAUCAACCAGGUGAGAGCCGGAAGCCAAUACGUCAUGAUGAUAACUUGCGCCCAGAAGGUGAAUUUGAACGUCCUGAGAAGACGCCAUUCCGACCAGCUGAACGUCCGAAACAAAUUCGCCCUGAGGAUAACCUGAGACCUGAAGGAUCGUUUGAUACUCCCGAUAAACCGAAGUAUCAACCUACGGAAAGACCAAAACAAAUCCGGCCUCAGGACAAUCUUCACCCCGAAGGAGAAUUUGAGCGUCCACAGCCCGUGUCUAUUGGGAAAGUAGAGAGAUCUCAAAUCAUCAGACACGAAGAUAAUUUGCACAUGGAAGGUGUGUUUGAAAGGACUGAAAAAUCGGUUUAUAUUGCUGGUGAACGACCGAAGCCCAUUAAGCAUGAUGACAACUUGAGACCAGAGGGUGAGUUUAUUACUCCCGAGAAACCGCAAUACCAACCAGCGGAACGGCCAAAACAAAUCAGACCGCAAGAUAAUCUUCGUCCAGAAGGAAACUUUGAACGACCUAAACCAACAGUCGUUGGUAAAGUGGAACGAGCACAAAUCGUUCGCCAUGAGGAUAACUUGCAUUUGGAAGGCUCUUUUGAACGGACUGAAAAGCAUAUCUUUGUAGCUGCAGAACGACCCAAACCAAUAAGGCAUGACGACAACCUCAGACCCGAGGGUGAUUUUACUACUCCCGAAAAAACUCAAUACCAACCUGCUGAGAGGCCGAAACAAAUCCGACCGGAGGAUAAUUUAAAACCAGAAGGGUCAUUUGAAACACCAGAAAAACCUAGAUAUCAGCCUGGAGAACGACAGAAACCAAUUCGACAUGAUGAUAAUCUGCGCCCAGAAGGUGAUUUCCAGCGCCCUGAGAAAACCGGAUUCACACCAGCAGAGAGGCCAAAACAAGUUCGACCGCAAGACAACUUGCGACCUGAGGGUGAUUUUGAAAGACCACAUCCAGUCACUCUAGGGAAAGUUGAAAGAUCGCAAAUUAUUCGCCAUGAGGAUAAUUUGCAUCUGGAAGGAUCAUUCGAACGUACUGAGAAGACAGUUUACAUUGCUGGUGAGCGACCGAAACCAAUAAAGCCUGAUGAUAAUCUCAGACCAGAAGGAGAUUUCACAACUCCAGAAAAACCCCAAUAUCGUUCAGCGGAGAGACCCAAGCAGGUAAUACCAAAAGACAAUCUUAAAACAGAGGGAUCGUUUGAAACUCCAGACAAACCUACGUAUUCUCCUGGAGAACGGCAAAAACCUAUUCGGCAUGGAGAUAACCUGCGUCCAGAAGGUGAUUUUGAACGCCCUGAGAAGAUUCCAUUCAAACCUGCAGAACGUCCCAAGCAGAUACGUCCUGAGGACAAUUUGAAACCAGAAGGAGCUUUUGAGUCUCCCGAAAAACCGAAGUAUCAACCGGGUGAGAGACAAAAGCCAAUUCGCCAUGGCGACAAUUUGCGUCCCGAAGGAGAUUUCGAACGUCCAGAAAAGAAGCCAUUCCAACCUGCUGAGCGUCCAAUGCAGGUUCGCCCAGUAGAUAAUCUGAGACCUGAAGGAUCUUUUGAUACACCUGAAAAACCCAAAUACCAGCAUGGGGAAAGACAAAAACCAAUUCGUCAUGGUGAUAAUUUACGACCGGAAGGAGACUUUGAACGUCCAGAAAAGAGUCAGUUUAAGCCAGCGGAACGACCGAAGCAAAUUCGUCCUGAAGAUAAUCUGCGACCAGAAGGAUCAUUUGACAUGCCUGAAAAGCCAAAAUACCAGCCAGGAGAAAGACAAAAACCAAUUCGUCACGGUGAUAAUCUACGACCGGAAGGAGAAUUUGAAAGGCCGGUGGAAAAACCAGGUUAUCAACCAGCCGAGAGACCUAAGCAAGUGAAACCUCAGGACAAUCUCCACAUUGAAGGUGAAUACCAUUCAUUGAAACAAUAUAAGGAACAGAAACAACGCAAGGAAGCUGAAAUUAAGGAAGUUCACGAAAAUGGAAUUCUUGACGGUGCUGUACUUGUGACCACUCAGACAGUAACUACAAUUCACAAAGGUGAAAAGCCCAAAGCUACCGGUCAGAAAACUACGACAUUGGAAACAGAAGACAACACCAGUUUAUCGCAUGCUUCUGAAAGGCAUCACAAGCAGGUCACGUCAUCAACGUCUCAUCUAUCCCAAGAUGAAAUGAAUCAGAGACACGUGACUCAGAACGUCAUUGAUUCGCGAACAAUUCAAAAUGUUAAUGAACAAAAGAUGUCUCGAGAUGUACAGCAGCACGUCCAUUCAGGUGUCACUCAUUCUUCAUCUAUGAAGGAAAUGGCCUCCACGCAGAAACAAUCUAUGAAAAAUAUAAUGCAGGGAACACAACAACACUCAACGAGCCAGACGUCGAAAUCAUCUGCUCAUUCGUCGUCCUCAACAAGUCGACAUAUUAUCCAUCCUUCAGAUGGAGUAAUUGAUGGGCCAUAUGGCCCACAUGAUCCGCGUAGUCCGCAUGGCUCACAUAGUCCACAGGAUGGACAUGAGCCACAUAGAACUCAUCGUGGACAUGGUCCUCUUGGUGGCCCUGGACUUCAUGUUACGUCCCAAUCUGUGAAAAAUAUUACACAAGGAUCAGAUGUUCAGCAGAACAAUAUAUCUUCGCAGCAUUACGUAACGAGUAAGACGUCUAAAUCAUCAGCUCAUCAUACAUCGUCUUCAUCAAAUCAACAGAUAAUUCAUUCUUCAGAUACUGUGAUCGAUGGUACACAUAGUCCACUUGGUGGGCAUGGUCCUCAUGGUCCACUUGGUGGACAUGGUCCUCAUGGCCCACUUGGUGGACAUGGUCCUCAUGAUCCACUUGACGGACAUGGUCCUCAUGAUCCGCAUGAUGGACAUGGACCUCAUGGUCCGCUUGGUGGACAUGGUGCUCAUGGACCUCAUGAUCUACGUGGUCCUCAUGGUGGACCAGGAUCUCAUGUCACAUCGCAUGAACAUUACUCGGGAUCCAGCGUUUCAUCUGCAAGUAAUCGUGUUGUUGUUGAUGGAAAUGUGAUAACGGACAAAGCCGUUACACAACAAUCAGGGCUUGAAAAAGUUGUUCAGGAUGGCGUAGUUAAGGUCGAUAAAUCAUUUAACGAAAAACGAUCGACAGGAUUCGAUGGUCACGCUGCCUUGCACGAGUAUACAAAUACGGUUACUGACAAAGAACGUGUAAAUAAUAUCAUACAUGGUACGUCUAUUCAAGUCGAUCAUCACAAAAAUGGCCUCGAUAAGAGUGGUACUUCACAGGUACAGGUGAAGAAGUUGGUCGGUGGUAAAUGGGUCACAAGAACGGUGACUGAAAAGGUUGCAGGCAAACAUGAUGUUCACUCGGAAAAGCAGGUUCAAAGCGCAGUCUCCAAACAAGAACAUUCCGUUACAAAAUCCACCUCGAGUAGUAGCAUUAAUCAGCAUUCCAGUACUAGCCAAUCUACUAAGUUAGUUGGCGGUAAGUUGGUUCACGUUAAGGAAAUGGCUGACUCCAAAACUGAUAGUAUGCAGAAAUCUCAAUCAGGACGAAAUCAACAUCGUGGUAGCUCUAAUAUCGUUCUUGGACAAGAAUCGUCCAAUAUCGCAAAACAAUCUACCACGUCAAAAAUAAUCGGAGGAAAAUUAGUUCAUGUAUCAGGUAAUGACAACAGAAGUAGCAAUAUUGUCUCAGCAGUUAACGGGGGUCAAAGCAAAUCUGUUAACAAUAUAACUCAUUCCGAUUCCACGUUCGUUACGAAGUCAUCGAAAUCUGAGAGCAGUGAAUCAAAGCGUUCAGAAUCGAAACAAUCAUCGCAGGUCGUAACUAAUGAGUCUAGCGCUCAAGGUAGCACAUCUGAUAAGCAUUUUAAUCGCAAGAGUACAUUCUCUUCGGAGAGUGCCGGAAACACGAUCCUCUGCCGACAACACCAACCCAAUUUACAGCCAUCCAGCAGUAGCUUGAGCGUUUCUGGUUCAAUCCAACGCAAAAGCAUAUCAAAUCUAAACGAUAGUACAAUGUACGCAACAACAAAUCGUACCAGCUACAGCUCCCUGCAUCGUCGUGACAAAGAGUCUGUCGAUUCCAGAAUGAAUAACUAUUUGAAAACGUUGGAAUCCGGAACCAUUACCAAUCGUACUAAGGUGCAGCCUUGCCCACCACCUACGCUAACCACUGCGACAAACAUCAGCACCAGCAGUAGCACUAUCGGCCAACAUUCCAGCACACAACAAUCCAAGGUGUUGCGCGACUACCAUACAGCACUGAAUUCGACGAAGAGCUCAACGAAAGCCAAUGCAUCGAGUAUUUCGUUCGGUGAUGAUAAUAAAUUCCACGGCACUAGCUCGUACAAGACGCAAUAUGUGCAACAAAACGAAGGCCGCUGUCCUGCUCAUGCUAUCAACGAUAACCUAAAAAUUUCUAAAGUUACUAAACAGCACACUUAUUAUAUGCACGAUAGAAGAUGAUUUUCGGAUUGAUGAUUUGCCAAUCAAAACGCAAUAAUAGCUUGUUGAUGCUUACCAUAAAACAAAAAAAAAAUGAAUAAAAUAAAAGACAGCUAAAGCGCAUCAUUUUUAUACUUUUUAUUAUAUACUAAUACAAAAUGUUAUACUUAUUUUGUAGCUUUGCUUUCGAGAUGAAAUAAAUAUUUAAAAUUUGA